AUGGAAAACCCCGAAAAGUCCCAAUUCAACCUUAUCAACAAUCUGCCCACUGAACUUCUCAAAUAUGUGUUUUCACGCUUUUGCUUCCAUUGUCACAGCCCACAGUCCAUCAAUGAUCCUGAAGUCAACCGCACAUAUGCACACGAGCUCAGACUUGGUUCCGCGAACUUGCUGGCACUUAGUCAAACCAGCAAACGAUGUCGCAGAAUUGCCAUGCCUAUACUAUUCCACCAGGUCGGCUCCGAUAUAACACUACGCUACAUGUUGCAGGUUUUGGAUCGCGAUCGAGACCUGGCACCAAACAUCAAAAUUCUACAUUUACCAUACUACAUGACGGAUGAGUGCCGUUCGGUACUAUACAAAACGGCCAGCAGCUUUGCUGGUAUGUCGAUGUCAUAUCGCCUUGCCCUGGAGGAUCCUUACGACGUCCAAAUAAACACCCUACUGGGUUUAGCCUCUAAUUUACAGGCUUUGACCAUCCGUUUCUCCGGUGAAGGAAUAAACCUCGAUUUCUUCGAAAAGACCCUCACACAACGUGGAUUUAAGGCAAGAUUCGCGGACCUCAGGUAUCUCGAACUCGAGGCGGACGAUUUUGUGACAUUCAGUGCCGCCGGGUCCGGAUUGUCCUUCCUGCUACAACAAUCUCCCCAACUCGAGACCUUGGUACUACGAGGUAUCGAGCAAGCUGAGUCCCCAUCUUAUGGUCCUGAAUUCGAAGAUCCGAAAUCCAACAUGGCUCUCCCAAAUCUCAAGGAGUUGCAGAUUCGUGGAUGGUCUUUCCGUGAAAGCUGUAACGACAGACAUCCUCUAUUAAAAUUAUUUCAUAGAGCGAAGAACUUGACAAGCUUCAAGUAUGUCAUCGACAAGGGACCAGGCUCGUACAGUGAAGAGAGGCCUCAGGUACACCACGUUGCACCCAAGUAUCUGCUAAGAUAUCUCAACUCUGAAAAAUUACAAUAUCUUCAUCUCGAUUUUAAGCUUAACUCCACAGGACCUCAUAUCCUAGGACUAACAACAUACUUUGAUCUUCGAGAUCCUCCACGUUUUGAGUCUACAAUCAUCACACGAGAGCAGCUCGGUCGAUUCACCAAUCUUACUUCUCUGACUCUUGACCCUUUGUGUUUCUGUCGACACGUUUCCGAAGGUACCCUUGACAGACAGAAGUUUGACCAUCAAAAGACCUGUCUGACGGACCUGCUUACGCCAUCGAUCCGCGAUUUGACUCUUUUACUCAAGGGAGAUGAUAUGCGCUGGAUAUGUUGGGAUGACAUUUUAUAUCUUGGUCACAAGGCAAGGGAAGGGGCGCUCCCAGAGCUUCAAACAGUAACGGCUGAAAUUCCUCAACUUCGCUCACGCUACCGGGGGUGCUGGGAUGACGACUGGAAUAAUCAACAUAUGCACAAGAUCCUAAAGCCCUUCAAGACGCCGGAAGAAGAGUUCCAUGCAGCAUUUGAAGGGUCUGGUGUUGUUGCAAAGAUUGAGGGACGGUGGGGAGGCUGUUACUGUGGGCAGUGCGAGCCUCGUGUCUAUGUCCCAUUGGAUUGCUUCGUGAUUGAAGAAAGCUAG